AUGAAUGGUUGUGAAUAUACUUGUCCAUGUUGUAAUAGAAAAUGCGAUUAAGAUAAUGAUGAUAACCAUAAACAUUAAUGUUAAAAUGGCCAUUAAAUUAGAGGUAUAAAUGGCAUUCUGACCAAAACAAGUCCAUCCUUAUAUACUUGUGAAGAAAUUUUAGAUGAAUGGACACUACAUACACUUGAAACUAAGUUAUAUAAAACUUGGAAAGAAACUAAACAAAUACAUUCAAAUUGGUUAUUCAAAAGUUAGAAUGAAGAAAAUAAAUUAAACAAUAAAUUAAAGUGGACAAACAUUUGGAAUAAAGGUUAUGGAAAAUUGAUUUGUUCCUAUUAAGAAAAAUAAUUAAAAAAAAAAUCGAGUAUUCAGAUAUAACUUCUG